AUGGAACUGAAUGAAGAUAUAGUUGUAGAUAUCAUCUCCCGCUUACCUGUGAGGCUUGCAGUUCAAUGUAAAGUUCUAAGCAACAGUUUCAACAAUAAACUUUGUGAACCAAAUAUUUCACAAAGCUUUGCUUCGCGAUGGUUUCGUGAUCAAAAUAUUACUAACCUACUCAUCUGCUCAUCAUCAUUACCAUCACCAUCACCAUCACCAUCACCGGACGAAAUAUUUAACUUUUUCCGUAAAGUCGCGUCCAAUAACCCUUGGCUCCGACGAGGCCAGAUAUCAAGAACUUCAUCCCUUAACGUUUCACUUUUAGCCUCUUGCAAGGGUCUCCUUCUCCUUGAAUUUCAUCAAUUUAAGACUUUCUGUAUUUUCAAUCCUGUAACAGGGCUGCACCAAUUGAUACCUUAUCCUGAGCCUAAACAUUAUUUUUCAACUAUGGACGCUGGCGUGGGAUUAGCUGUUGAUCAUCCAAAUUCAAAUCGAUAUUACAAAUUGGUGACGGUUGGGAUGCUGAAUAAACUCCAAGGGUAUAGAUUUCGUGUAUUUUCAUCGGAAGAAGCUGGAGUAGUGUGGCGUGAAUUCCAAUUGCGGAGGAGGGUUUACACUGGUACUUCCUUAGUCGGUCCACAACCUGUUUACGCGCAUAAUUGUUUGCAUUGGCUCACAAGUAACGGCAAUAUUCUUGCUUUUGAUACGAAGAGUAGUACCGGACAGGCUACAAUUAUUAACCAUCCUGAGGUCCUCAGGCAUUAUUUCAAGGAUCCAACGUAUGGCAUAAUUUGUUUUAUGUUCGAUGCAGUUUUGGGGUUGGCAGGUGGUGUACUUACCCUUCUUUGUGCCUUCAAAAAAACUAUAGUCAUUUUUGGUUAUGAUUAUGCAAGCCGCAAUUGGACAGCUUCAUAUACUUUGCCCAACGUGAGCCCGGAUCUUGUGGGACGCCUUGGUGGUCCUGCUUUUCCAAUAUUAUGUUUUGACGGGGGAAAGUUGUUUAUCCUGGGAAGUAGUCAGGCAGCACAGCGACCUGGAUAUCUGUAUGAGUAUGAUUCAGGGAUGAAGACGUAUAAAAAAGUAGAUGAAGCUUUUGAUAUGCAUAAUUCUAUCUUCUUUUCCUGGGAACCAACAUUAGCCAGUAUCCCCAAGACAGAACUGCCCCCUUACACGGUCCACUCUAAGAAUUUCCCAGCCAUUACUGCAACAUUAGAUGAGCUCAGAUGUCUUAUGGCCAAUCAACCUCAAGUUAAGCGUGUCGCGAGUCAACUGUGUGAGAACCUGAUCUUCAAAGGAAUCCUGUUUCGUAGGGACCAGGUUCAUAUUAUGAAUGUACUCAUAACGUUGUUAACUGGACCUGGUCCUAAAGGACGUAAGUAUGUGAUUAACUAUACAGCUGGAAAGUCUUGUCGUGCAGCUGUUUUCGCAGCAUUUGCAGUGAAGUGGUUGAGAAAUCCUACUGGGGUAGGUCGUAAUUUUACUCCCUUGAACAAGGAGGUUUCCACGAAAAACAUAUUGUCUUCUUUACUUUUGUUCUUAGUCGUUGAACCUGGUGAGGAACCAGGUUCUCAUUACUGUGGUGAACUCAUAUAG